AUGGCAGGUUCGGAUGCCUGGGGCGUCAGCAGUGAGCAGGAGUCCUCCGCCCUCGCGAUUCUGCAGGUGGCUGCAGAAGGGGAACUGGCUUUGGAGCAGGCAAGAUGUCGCCUCUGCGAGCUGCGUGAGUUCGAUCCCAAUGAGUUUUUCAUGAGCCUCUUCGGGAAAUGGUCGUCAGCUCAUCAGGGCUGGGUCAGUGUCCACGAUGUGUUCAACUGGCUCGGCCAACAACUCCAUAGUGCUGCUGGCAUACUCUUGGAGGAGGUGGCAGCUGUGCUCGCACCUGUACUCAAUCCCCACGGCGAGCUGCGUUACAAUGGCUUUCUCCUCUUGGUGCUGCCGCGAGAUCCAGCGAACUCAUGGCUGAAGGAGGCCACUUUGCUGCGAAGCACCUGUCGUGAAGGUCGGUCGAACCACUUCAUCCCAAGCGAGGUCGCUUACAGGUUCUGUCGCCUGAUCGAAGGCGAGCGCGAUCUGCUGGCACGUCUCGGAAUUCAGAGGCGUCGCCUCGCAGACCUGCAGCCGCACAGGAGGUCUCUCGAGGCAUUAUUGACAGCGCCGGGUGGGCCCCGCCAUUUGCUGGUGGAUCGUCUGAAGGUAUGCGACGAUGUGCGCUGCGAAGCACUGUUGCGCCGCGUGGGCUUAGAGAGUAAUUGGACGAGUGGCAGCCUCCCUGCAGCUUCUGCCGAGGAGCUUGUGGACUUCAUCCUGCAACCUCAGCCAGGUUGGAUUCGCGGUGGUCCGGAGAUGAGAGCUUUCCAGGCAGCUUCGGCCCAACGAGGUGAGCUUCGCAGUGGCUCGGGAAGUGCCUCCUGGAGCCCCAGGAAGUCCGCUGCGAGCCCUGGCAGACAGGCUGCAUGUGCAGCAAGACAGGCCGCGGCGGAGGCUAGCAAUUGCAGAGGCUGGCUUGAACGACAGGAGCUGUCGCCUCGACGAGGUCCAGGCCUGCCAGGGGGGCCUGGAGCUCCCAUCCAGGCUCCCCUCUGGCAGUCGAGGGAAUGGCCCUUCAGGCAAGCAAACGGAGGCGAUCGCAGGGUCCUUCCAGAAUCUCGCAAGCCUGUGGUUGACGUGAUCAUCCCUGCCUACCAGCUUUCGCCGCCACCUCCGCCAAUGCUUGAGCCAUCAAGACCCAUCGGCCUUUACCAGCCAUCCAAGGCUGUGGCCUCUCCGAGAUCUGUGAACGCGCCAUCCUCGCCACGUGCCCUUGCACGCGAUCCCGGUGCUCCUCCCGGACGAGUUGAGAAUCGAGGAUGGCCGUGGUGGGCGUCAGCAGCCAAAGCAAACAUUGCUGCUACCACAGUGGAUUCGCUGCUGGUUGUUUCCUGGAACUCAGCUGGCUUUUCGAGGACCCACGACCUCAUAAAGACUCAUUUCGGCAGCCUGGACUUGUUUCUCGAACGACAUCAAGCCGACAUAUUCUGCGUUCAGGAGACUAAAAUCAGCGCGAGUCACAUGAAGACACGGGAACAGUGCCAGCAACUUGGUGCUGUCUCUAGGACAGGUGCCUAUCAGAGUUUCUGGUCUUUCAAUGGACAAGAGGGCAGUGCCUCCCGUUACAACGGUGUGGCAACCUGGAUUCGGAAAGACCUUGCUCCGCAGGCACGGGCCACUCAGGAGGUUCUGCGGGAUGAGAUGGACAAAGAAGGCCGCUGUCUACUCGUGGACUUGGGCGGCCUCGCCGUCUUCAACGUGUAUGUCCCUACACUGCACUCGCAAGAGGACGGUAGUGUCGAUGAAGCAAGGUUACAGCAGAAAGUCAAAUUCCUGCACCUCCUUCAGAUGCGCAUAGAGGAAACUCGAAAACUUGGCAAGCAGGUAUUGGUCUGUGGUGAUCUGAACCUUACAUACCGCACAGCUGAUGUAGCGCCUGUUCGCCUUUGCCUGAAAGUGGACGAGGGUCGUGUAUGUGGCAAGAAGGAGUGGGCAUUGCCGGAGGACGCUUCGCCGGGGUCUCACAUAUCCGUGGGAGCUGCCCAAAAAGCUCUGCAGGCACAAUUGACAAUGACGGCAGAGAACGCCAAGAGUUGCCUGAAAGCUUUGCUGCACGGUCCGGAGGGCUUGAGGGUUCCGAAUCAUCCGCCACCAGACCUGCCCUUGCUUCCGCCGGGUCGUGUCCUUAUGGCGAUGACGAGGAUCAAGGGCUCUGAGACGAAGGUCGAGCGAUCCUCCUUACCCAAACUCUGGUGCCGCAGCAAAGCUGUUUCAGCUGACGACAGCCCCCUUCGGUUCCUAGAAGGCCUUAGCGAUGAACUGGUACUGCUCGAGUUCGGUGUCCUUUUCGAGGAACUGGAGGUGGAGGGUUCGCUUCCGGACAGGGUGAGAGAGGCUCCGUGUGUGGACUGGCUGUUAGCCCUGGUGAGCGAGAGGAGCGAAGGCAGCGAAACCGAAGGCAAAGCCUUCGUUGACACUUUCGCACUCUGCCAUGGAGCCGCUUGCCUGGGCCGUUAUACGCAGUGGAAUCAACUCGCAAAUUCACGCUUCUCGAACACUGGGGCGCGACUGGACUAUAUCCUCUGCGAUACUUCUAUGCAGAAGCAUCUGGUAAGGACUCCGACCUCGGAGCUGGCCGGCUCAUCGCCGCUACAUGCGGCCGAGACGGCAGAGGCUGCUCAAAACGCUGCGACGUGCUUCGGGGCCUGGCACAGCGCACCCGCGUGCGGGCGUCUGAGGGCGUCGAAAAGCGACGAUGAUGGGCUGGGCUUGCAGAAGGAUGACAUGCGGCUGAACAACUCGCAGUUCCGGUCGCCACAUACUGGCAUCUUGUACACUCCUCCGAGGUACUCAGACCACGUCGCUGUUUGUGCGCGCUUCGAAGGACUUUGCCUUGGUGGCGUCGUUGCCCUGUCUGAAGCAGAGAGCCGACGCACGCAACCUUGCUCAUCGCAAGCGCGGGGUCGCCCGAGCGGCAGCUUGCACCGCGGCUACCCUUGCCACAGCGCUCUGCGCCGCCUCAUUCCCCCUCCCCGUCGCACCGGGCGCACAGAGCUCGGCGAUUGGUCGGCUCAGAGAGAGCCCCUUGGGUCGGCCUCGCUCCAAGUGCAGCCUUGGGCACUCAUGGGGACUGUGUUGAUGCCGCGCCCCGGGCCACCGGAUCUUCGGCUGAGUCCAUAUUCGGAGCGCAGCCCUCGUUUAAUAGCGGACGGCUUCUACGAGGGGCCGCUGUGGGCUCCACAGCGCGGAGAUGCCUGGGAGCUGCGAAUGCUGCGAACAGCUCUUCAGGCCAUGGUCCGACAAGCGGCCUGCGACGCCGAGGCCGAGGAUGCCAAGGCGAUGCUCGGUCCCGGUGCCGGGGCUUGCGGCCUCCCAGCCUUCUUCAGAUGCCUCGAUCCCCUGGACAAGGGCCACGUUCUGGAUACCGACCUCUUGGAGUUGGUGAAGGAGCACGAGGCGCCCGUGUCCUACGCCAGCCUCUGCUCUCUGGUCCACGAGGCAAAUCUACGGCGCGGAGGGCGUCCUCUCGGCUAUCUCACGUUCCGGGACCUCGGAAAGUUGAUCUAUCCUUUGCAGUCCAAGGAGCACAAGGCAAUGUGCGAUUCUGCCACAGACGACGAAGCCAAGUCGAUCCUUUACCUGCUGCAGUUUUCAGAGCCAUGCCCACGCUGUGGUUUUCGAAUUCAGAGAGACUCGGACUCGUCGGCGUGCCCGAACGUGGUUUGCAGCAACUGCGGAGCCGCUUUUAGGUGCUUCGUCGUGGCAAGGCCAUUCCUGGAUGCACCCAAAGCCACCGCUGCAGAUCGUUACACGCUCUGCAGACUGGUGGCGGCUGUGGCCCGCACGGCGGAGAACCUGGAGCUAGACCGGAAGAGAUUGGCUGCCCAUGCUGGCUUCGAUGAGGCCUGCAUGAAGGAGGUCUUCUAUUACAUUUCUUCGGGACAGCCCACCUUCGACAUCGUGGGUCUGCGGCAGGCCUUCAGGGAUCAGCAGAUUCCUGUGGCUGAGAAGGAGCUAGACCUUAUGUGGCAGCGCUAUGCCACAAGCUUUGGAUCUGGAGUGUCCCUGGAGCACUUUCAGCGUCAACUGAGAUACGACCCCAUGUGGACGCCCGAGAGCUGCACGGCAACGAGCAGGCUGCUUGUGGCAGUGGUGCAGACCAUGCUCCGCCAAGCGACGACUGAUGUAGCCGCUGAAGAUGGCAAGGCUCUGCGACCGGCAUGUCCACUUUUGGCUUUGUUCCGGAGCUUGGAUCCCAUGGGCCAGGGCUACCUGAUGGACAUCGACAUCUGGCAGUUGGUGCAAGACUUCCGGGGCUCCUGCACCUUCUCCAGCAUCUGUGCUAUGGUACAAGAAGUUCAGCUGCGACGUAGGUGCGACGAAACCAGCCAUCCGGGUCGUUUGUCUUUGAGAGAGUUCGGGGUGCUCAUGUAUCCGGUGGACUCCAAGGAGUACGAGGCGCUUGGAAAAUGCCCAAAUGACAUUGAAGCGAAAUCGGUGAUGUAUGUUCUACAGAACUCCGAGACUUGCCCAACCUGUGGGCUUCGGGUGCAACGUGACUCAGACGCCACGAACUGUCCCGAGGUUCGGUGCCCCUCGUGCGGAACUAUUUUCCGCUGUACGGUCGUGAGUAGCACUUCUUCAGGCUGGGAGGACGAGACAGGGGCCAGUCGCUUGUCCGUGCAGGCACGUGGCCAGCUGCACCGCACCAUCACAGCAGCAGCAGUUGCUGCCGAGGAGCUGGAAAAAGACAGGCUUCGGCUCGCUCAAUUCCUUGGCCAUGACAUCACCGCAUUGAGUGAUGUCUUCAGCUUUUUGGCACAGGGCCGCCAGGGCUUCACACUUCCUGAUUUCAGGCGUGCCUUGACACACCUCCAGCUUCGAGCAUCAGAGCGUGAUCUGUACCUGAUCUGGCAGCGAUAUGCGCAGCCCGGUGCUGGUAAUUUUCAUAAUUCUGAGUGA